GUGAGUUUAUUUAUCAAGACUAGACAGACUUGAGCACGUUUAAAUGCCACUGGAAAGGACUGGGAGUCAGAGAACGCAGGCAGAAGUGAGGGCUCCCAGGAAGAGAGAGGGGCUGGGCUGAGGAGGGGCAGAAGCGGGGGUCGGGGGUCGGCAGGGGCCCGGGCCCUGGGAUGCGAGGCUGCGCCCAGAUUAGUUGGGGGAGGGAGAGGGGUGCCAGAGGAGGGUGGCCUGGGUCUUAAUCCAUGGAGGCCUCAGUAGUGGAGGGUCCCGCGGCUGGGUUACCUGCCUCUCUCGUCUCUCGCUGGGUCUCCCUUAGGCCCGCUCUCCUCUGUCCCAGCUCCGUCCUCAUCCCGGCCACACCCCGUGCUCCCAAGGCCCAGCUAGUUUACCCGAGGCCAGACAACCCCUCCCUCCCCAGGUGCUCCUCCCGGGCUCCUCCCAUGAAUCCUCAGCCGCUCUCUUUCCCAGGUCCGCCUCCAGCGUCUUUUCCAGCUCCUCCCCCAGCGGUGCCCCAGGAAUCCCGCCUCCUUCCUUCCUGCAGCCGGCCCCGCCCACGGCCCCGCCCUCACCCGCCUGCGCCGGCCCGCUCCCCAUGAGGUGCAUAUCCAUUGGCUGAAUUCGUUAUAAGGCUCCGCCCCCUAGACUUCCGCUUCUGCGAUUGGGGCAAGUAGCCGUCCGUCAGCGCCGUCGCCUGGCAACGGGGUGGGCUGCUCUAGAGGAAAACUUGUGGACUGCAAGCGGAAAGGCAGGUCGGGGGUCGGCGCUGGGGCGGAGGGCGAGGGCCUCGAGAAUCCUGCCAGCUACAAGGACAGAUGGGGAAUAGCAAGAGCCACCCGGGGCAGAGUUUCUCCUCGCGGUUUCUUCCUGAGGAGCAGGCCGAGAUUGACAGAUUGUUUGAUUCUCUGUCGUCAGAGGAACUCGGCUCCAGUACCUCGCCCAGAUCCUUCUCUCUGCAGGCACUGAAGAGCCACGUGGGGGAAGCUCUUCCCGCAGAGAUGGUCACCAGGCUGUUUGAGGGCAUGCGGAGGGUGGACGUGACCGGGAAGACCAAGGGGCCCAGUGAGCGCAUCUCCCGGGAGCAGUUCACAGUGUCCAUGUCCCACCUGUUGAAAGGAAAUGCCGAGGAGAAGAGUCUCGUGAUCUGGAAAAUGAUUUCUGCCACAGAAAGUCCCGUGAAAGCAAGAGAGGUCCAAAAGUUUACAGAGGAUCUGGUUGGCUCUGUGGCACACGUGCUAAACUACAGACAGGAGCUGAGAGGCUGGACUCAGAAGCAAGCCCCAGGCUCCCUUUCCAGGGUGCAGGUGCUGGCUGCUCAGCUGUGCUCCGAGAUGAAGCUUCAAGACGGUGAGAAGCUUCUGGGGCCUCAGCAGCUAGACUGUGACCGAACCACGGUUGAGGACUGGGUGUUCAGGGCCCCCCUCGUGGCCACGUUCCUGAGCGUGGUCAUCCAGCAAGGCUUUCUCCUCCUGUGCUCGUCCCUCGAUCUGGCCACCCUGGUCCCCGAGCGCCAAGUCGACCAGGAGCGGGAGUUUGCGAGCGUCCUGGAUGUCCUGUCCGUCAUCUACAUCAACUCCCACCUGCCCAGGGAGCAGCGGCACCGCUGGCGCCUGCUCUUCUCAUCCGAGCUCCACGGGCACAGCUUCGCGCAGCUCUGUGGGCACAUCGCACACUGGGGGCCCUGCGUGGUGCUGCUGGAAGACCGUGACGGCCACGUGUUCGGUGGCUUUGCUUCCUGCUCCUGGGAGGUCAAACCUCAGUUUCAAGGGGAUGACAGGUGCUUCCUGUUCUCCAUCUCGCCCCGCAUGGCCGUGUACACCUGCACGGGCUACAACGACCACUACAUGUACCUGAAUCAAGGGCAGCAGACCAUCCCAAAUGGACUGGGCAUGGGAGGGCAGCACAAUUAUUUUGGCCUGUGGAUCGAUGUCGAUUUCGGGAAAGGACACAGCAAGGCCAAGCCCACGUGCACCACGUACAACAGCCCUCAGCUCUCGGCCCAGGAGGACUUCUGGUUCGAGAAGAUGGAGGUGUGGGCGGUGGGAGAUGCUUCGGUGACACAGCUGGCCAAGAACACCAAGAGCGUUCUGGACGUGGACCCCGCGGCCCGGGCCCUGCUGGAAGUCAGUGGGCGGAUUCGCCACAGCGAAGGGCUCCGGGAGGUGCCUGAUGACCAGUGAGGAGGAGCCCCCAGCACGGGCCUUCCUGGAGCUGGAGCACGGCCUGCAGACUGUGCUUUACUUUAGCCCAGAGCUAAAGCCUAGAGCGUGCUGGUCACGUCUAGGUGGUCCUGGAGGUGCCUAAUUGAAACAGAGUACACUUCCUCUGAUGCCGUAUGUCGAUUGCUGGGUGUGUCUCCCCCAAAAUCCUGAGUGUCCAAUUACCAACUCGAUUCUUAGACUUUGCUCGUUUUGUACAGAUGAAAUCCCAAGACGAUGCUGAGACGUUUGAGGCCGGCUGGAAUUAGCAGUGGUUGGAGAUUUGAGUUCUUGCUGUGGGGGAGGGGGGGGGUCCACUCACUGAGGGUCACUUGGCCUCUGCUCAGGCCUCCCAGUUAAAAGCCUCGAUGUCCCAUUUCGACUGGUAAAGGGCAUAGUUGCUCGGAUGGGGAUCUCGACGCUUUGGGGAACAGCUUCCUCUGACGUGGAAUUUAUGUAUUUUGGGGGGAAAAAAAAAAAAAAGCACAAGAGUGUACUAAC